ACCCAUUUUCGCCGUUUAUUAACAACGACAACAAUCGCCGGUUUCUCUCUCUUUCUCUCUCCUCGUUCUUCUUCUUCCCCACUGCUUCAAUUCAAUUAUCGAAGAGAGAGAAACCAACCUUUGAAACCCUAGCUAUGGCGGAACUAUCUUCAUCUUACUCCGUAUAGAUUUUCUGAUCAUCCACGCUUCGGAAAAGUCUAUUUAAACGAAGAAAUUUUGUAUAGUUUUGAAUCAUUUUUAUCGACGGUUGUUGAAAACCGGCUAUGGCGGAUGCUGCAUUUUCGACGGUUUUCUUCUCCGCUAGGGUUUCGACUUCCUUACGAUCGCAGAUCUCUCGCGAUCCUACAUAAAAGCUCAUUGACAAUUUAUUUUGUUCUUCAUUUCUUAUUUUCAUUAAGGUAUUGUUGAAUAAGGAAGUUUUCGGCGGUGGUGGUUGUGGAAGAGGCGGAGGUGGAUUUUGUGGUGGUGGAGGAGGAGAGAGAAAGACGAUAAUGGCGGGGUGGGAGAGGUUGAGGAGGUGUUUGAGAACGGUGUUCUUCAUGUUGGCAAUGCUGGCGUCAUUGUUGGUACAAUGUUUGCCAUUAUUGGUAGCCAUUGGAGAUGUUUUGGUGCCCUGUGUUUUGGUUUCGAGCUUCACCUGUGUCAGGUGUUACGGCUUUAAACAACACCUCAGAAGAUACGCUUUCAAGAGCUCUUUGGUUGAUAUUCCCCUUGUUUCUGUCUUCAGAUCUCUCCUUAUUACCUGUGUAUAUUCUCUCUCUGAUGCUCCUGCUCUUUCUCAUGGACCAUAUCUUGGAAGUGUAACAAUAUGCUCUAUUUCUUCAAUUCUUCUUCUGUCAGUUAAGGCCUGUGUUUUCUCUGUGAAUUCUCAAAUGGAAGCUGAAGCUUCUCUGUCUAUUUCAAGGCGUAUUCUUCAUUUGAAGAAGGCGUGGGGUAUGCCUGUUUUGUUUUUGUCAUCUGUAGUUUUUGCUCUUGGCCAUAUGGUGAUUGCCUAUCGAAUUAGCUGCAAGGCGAGGAGAAAACUCCUAUUUCACCGCGUUGACCCAGAGACGGUUCUGUCUUGCAAGAGUUUGCUAUCUGCCUAUCAAAAGCUUCCACGGUCUCCAAUUCCCUCCUCAGCAAAGGUCACUCCUAAAAGUGACAGUGAGACAAGGAGGAAACCUUAUGGUCUGACCCGUUAUGAAGGUGUCUUGCCUGUCAGAUUACUUGCCGACAUUGAUAGUUUAUUCACAACUUGUGAAGGCUUCACAAUCCAUUACAAGAUUAGCAUGCCUAGCUCUCCUACGCGUUCUCUAUCAUCCACAACCUUUGUUGAACCCAGUAGAAGCUGCAGUCCUCAGCUGGGAAUUGGUAGGGUAAAUGUUGACCGGCCAUUAAAUGCUCUGUCAAAAACCCAACAUAAUCUGUCUAGAAGCUAUAGCAAUCAAUUCUAUUCAUCUUCUUUGUUUGACCCAUUGCUUGAAAAUUUGGCACGUUCUGCGGUUUCAUCUGACGAAUUUCCUCCUAUGAGCCUUGAUCCUGUGGAUGAUAAGGAUGUAAGUGAUUUAAGCCCUUUGAAAUUGGAUUCAGGUGUAGAGGCAAAUGGAGAGUGUGGUAUUGUCCUUGUGCAUGGAUUUGGAGGUGGAGUUUUCUCAUGGAGGCAUGUCAUGGGUACACUGGCACGUCAAGUAGGUCGAACUGUUGCAGCAUUUGAUCGGCCUGGGUGGGGUUUAACUCCUAGGCUACUAAGGAAGGAUUGGGAAGAAAAACAAUUGCCAAACCCUUACAGACUUGAUACUCAGGUUGACCUGCUUCUGUCCUUCUGUUCAGAAAUGGGGUUUUCUUCAGUGAUUUUUGUUGGGCAUGAUGAUGGUGGUUUGCUUGCACUAAGGGCAGCAGAAAGAGUGAAAACAUCUGGGAGUUCUACAAAUAUUUCAGUCAAAGCAAUAGUGUUGCUGAGUGCAGAUCUUUCUAGAGACGUAGUUCCUUCGUUUGCUAGGAUCCUUCUGCGUACUUCGUUGGGAAAGAAACAUUUGGUACAGCCGCUGCUGCGGACUGAAAUUACACAAGUGGUAAAUAGGCGUGCAUGGUACGAUGCCACCAAGCUGACAACAGAAGUCUUAAACCUAUACAAGGCCCCUCUCUGUGUAGAAGGAUGGGAUGAGGCUCUUCAUGAAAUCGGUAAGCUUUCCGGUGAAACAGUUUUAUCACCUGAAAAAGCAGCGUCGCUGGUAAAAGCAGUUCAAGAUUUGCCUAUAUUGGUUGUCACUGGAGCUGAGGAUGCACUUGUUGCUUUAAGACCUGCUCAAACUAUGGCUUCCAAGUUCGUAGAUUCUAGGCUAGUUGCUAUAUCAGGAUGCGGCCAUCUUCCGCACGAGGAAUGCCCUAAAGCUUUGCUUGCUGCUGUAUCCCCCUUCAUUUCCAGAGUUCUAUCCGAUUUUGAAGUGCAGAUCCACACAGAGUGAAAAUGAUCACUUUAGCUAGGUUUUGGAAUUUGGAGGGUCUUCCCCUUUUUUUGGGCCUCCUCGAUUGCGUGCCUUUCCUCGUGGAAACUGCAUAGAAGACGGUAUAGUGUUCUUCUUUACUCAGGUUGUAGUUUUGACAGGUUGGAACUUCAUUCCAAACUCAGGUUGUAGUAUUGGUAUGAGUUCCGUGUAAAUUUUUUAAAAAAAUUUAAUUUAUUUACUUCUUAAAAUGAGAAAGUUACUGUCAACGUGUAGAUAAUCUUGUUGUUGGCUACCAAAGGGUAAACAAUGACAAUUUGUAUACAUCAUUUUAUUAUCUAUGCGUUGUUGCGUGA